AUGUCGCAAACUGUCACCAAGCAGGAAAAGGUGCGAGAACGGAAUUCAGCACUCAAUCCACAUAUGAUCCUUUCGUUUUCCUCCCAUGCUAUGGCAAAUACCGUUGGAAGGCGUGGAAAGCAAUAUGAUAAUGAAAGAAUGCUGACCCCUCAGCAGGAUCCCUCAACCAUUUUUCCGCAGAUCAGUUCGGUGCCGAAGCACCAUCCAAUCCUGUUCGAGCGGCACCCAAGAUUUUUAAUCGGGUAUUUUAACCUCUCCCUCACGGGCCACCUGGCCAGCGUUACUUCUUCGGAACCAAUUCAACCAAAAAGCCAUUGGUGGGGGCAAAAGGGUUCUCGAACAUCCACCAGCGACUGGGUAGGUCGCAACCUUGGAAGCUACAGUGCUCCGAACGCUGCACAAAAUGCCAUCGAAGAUGAGACAAGCUAUUUCGAUGAUGAAUUAUGUCGAAGAAAAUGGGUGUUUGAAUCGGGUUUUUGA